AUGGCGCUCCUCGCCUUCCCAGCUCUUCUCCUCGCCCUCCUCCUCGCCCUCCUAGGCCCGGCGCAAGCCGAGGCAGCAAACAUAACCAUUACCCCCGAAACAUCCGCCAAUGCCACCAUCUCCGAGGGCAACAGCCAGUACGAGUACCACGGGUGCUACGAAGAGAGCGGGCUGGGCAACAAUGCGACGAACGGAAUGCGAGCUCUGAGCUCGGGGAAGAUGGAGAGUCGGGACGACAUGACGGUCGAGGUGUGUCUGAACUACUGUGCCGACGGCGGGUGGGCGUUCGCGGGCCUGCAGUACACGAAAGAAUGCUACUGCGCGCCCCUCAUCUCCUCCGUCGCCACUAAGCGCGACGAUAGCGCCUGCGACCUGGCGUGCGCAGGGAACACGUCGGAGUUCUGCGGCGGCGCCCUCAAGCUUUCCGUAUAUCAGAUGUCGAGCAACAGCGAGGGCGCCGGAACGAAGGCGGUGGGCCACGCGCCCGUGAGCAGCAUCCUGGCCCUGGGGGUUGCGAUGGGGGUUCUGCUGUGUCUGGCCUGA